UAGAGGGUCAUAAUGUGGAAUUAUAAGACUCAGGGAUCAGUCCUUUGGCUGAAAACCCUAGUGCAUGGGUAACUAGGUGAAGCUGUAGAUGCUGCGGCUGGGCCAGGGGCGCAGAGUUGCUGGCCUUUUUCUAAAGAUUAGCAUAGCCAGGCAUCAUCGCAUUUUACACAGGCAAUCUAUUUUCAGAAUCUUGAACCUCUAUCAAAUUCUUUUUCCCUUAUUAGGAAACUCUGGAAAUCCCCUUAAAUUCUCUUACACUCAGUCUGCUAAAGUCAUGAUGCUUAUUAAUGUGACCACACUUAAUAAAUGCAAAACUACAGUGAAAUGUUAACUUGAUUAUUAUUGGCAUGCUGAAGUUUUUAGGGUUGACACUGUCAUUAUUUUGGCAACCUGUUUUCAAAUGAUGUCAAAGAAUAUAUAUAGACAGAGAUAAAGCAAUUAUGGCCAAAUGUGGCAAUUGGUGAAUGUGAGUUAAAAGUGUACAGAUAUCUGUGGUGCUAUUAUAUUAACAUUUCUGUAUACUUGACUUCUUGCAAAAAAAAUUUUAAAGUUAAACAAAAAAGAUUUUUUAAAAAUACAAUGUCAAAGCUGUGCCCCUCCUCCCUAAAAAUUUGUAAACACCAGUGGUGGUUAUAGACUAGAGUGCUUUGCAAACCGUAAAUUGCUGUCUGGGCACAAAGAGUUACAGAGAGGGCUCCUUGGGUGGCACUAAGUCACCUCUGGGUCACCUGGCCAAGCCUCCCACCUUUGGUUGCAGGGACUCCAGCCAAUCAGUGCUGCUGCAGCCCCUCCACAUUACAUAUUCAGAACCGGCCUCCUGGCUCCUUCCUGUGCCCAGCCCCAGCUGCAGACACCACAGGCAGCCCAGCUCUGGAGAAGGGGAGGAUAAGUCUGAAGCUCCAGAAACCUCAGUCAGAACCGACCCUCUCUCAUCUGCUGGCUUCCCAGUUUCCCUACAGCUCCCAGGGGCUACUGGCAGGAAGUCUGCUCCCAUGAAACCCUCAAAGGCGUCCCAGCGCUACAGAAGCAUCCGAAGAAAUGCCAGCCAACACUACCUCUACCAGGAGUCCCUGCUUUUCAGUAACUUGGAUGACAGCUUUAAUGCUGAUGAAACGGGGGACAGCAGUGACCCGGAACAAAUCUUCCAGAACAUACAGUUCCAGAAAGAUCUCGUGGCAAAUAUUCGCUGCAGACCCUGGACCAUGGGACAGAAGCUGAGGGCGCUGAGACGAGCGAAGGAGAUUGUGCUGAAGUUUGAAGGGAGGCUGACCAGGACUCGAGGCUACCAAGCAGCAGGCGCAGAGCUAUGGCGGAAGUUUGCUCGUCUGGCCUGUAAUUUUGUGGUCAUCUUCAUCCCCUGGGAAAUGAGGAUAAAGAAAAUCGAGAGUCAUUUUGGAUCAGGUGUGGCCUCGUAUUUCAUAUUCCUGAGAUGGUUAUUUGGAAUUAACAUUAUGCUCACAAUUAUGACAAGUGCUUUCAUUGUCAUUCCAGAGCUGAUCGCUGGCCAGCCCUUCGGAAGCACCGCCAGGAAGACCAUCCCCCCGGAGCAGGCUGCAUCCGCCCAGGACCUGAACACCGUCUGGUCCCUCGGGGGCUACCUUCAGUACUCCGUCCUCUUCUACGGCUACUACGGCAGGGAAAGGAGGAUCGGGAGAGCUGGCUACCGUCUGCCCCUGGCGUACUUCCUGGUGGGGAUGGCCGUGUUCGCUUACAGCUUUGUCAUUCUUUUAAAAAAGAUGGCGAAGAACUCCCGCACAAGCCUGGCCAGUGCUUCCAAUGAAAACUACACCUUCUGCUGGCGGGUGUUCUGUGCCUGGGACUACCUCAUCGGAAACCCAGAGGCUGCGGAGAGCAAGACGGCUGCCGUGGUCAACAGCAUCAGGGAGGCUAUCCUGGAAGAACAGGAAAAGAAGAAAAGCAAAAACCUGGUCGUGACCAUCUGCCUGAGGAUCAUUGCCAACAUCCUGGUACUGCUCUCACUGGCCGGGAGCAUCUAUCUCAUCUACUUCGUGGUGGACCGGUCUCAGAAGUUGGAGCAGUCAAAGAAGGAGUUGACGCUCUGGGAAAAGAAUGAGGUGAGCGUGGUGGUGUCCCUCGUCACCAUGUUGGCACCGUCUGCCUUUGACCUCAUCGCUGCCUUGGAGAUGUACCACCCCCGGACCACGCUGCGCUUCCAACUGGCAAGGGUCCUCGUGCUAUAUUUGGGGAAUCUCUACAGCCUGAUCAUUGCUCUCCUGGACAAAGUGAACAGCAUGAGCACUCAGGAAGUAGCCUCAAAAUAUAACACAAGUGCUUGGAUGGAUUCUACCACCUUCUUUGCCACCACGGCAGCCCCUGAAGAAGGGAAAUGGCCCACACCUGGGUCUGGAACAGGGAUCAGGGGAAAUGGCACAUGGGUCUUAGAGGAGAUGAGGGUCCCAACAUACACAGUGCCACUCAACAAGGUCAACAAGACCACACUCCACAACCAGAGUCUACAAGGCCAGUGCUGGGAAACAUACGUGGGCCAGGAGAUGCUAAAGCUGUCCAUCAUAGACAUGCUGUUCACUGUGGCCAGCAUCCUGCUGAUAGACUUCUUUCGAGGACUUUUCGUUCGCUACUUAAGUGACUACUGGUGCUGGGACUUGGAAAGCAAAUUUCCUGAAUAUGGGGAAUUCAAAAUAGCUGAGAAUGUGCUACACUUAGUCUACAACCAAGGAAUGAUUUGGAUGGGUGCCUUCUUCUCCCCCUGCCUGCCUGCAGUCAACGUCCUCAAACUCAUCGGACUCAUGUACCUGAGGAGCUGGGCAGUGCUCACCUGCAACGCACCCCACCAACAGGUGUUCCGUGCAUCCAGGUCCAACAACUUCUACCUAGCCAUGCUCCUGUUCAUGUUGUUCCUGUGCAUGCUGCCCACCGUCUUCGCUAUCGUGCGGUACAAGCCGUCCCUAAACUGCGGGCCCUUCAGUGGACAAGAGAAAAUCUACGACAUUGUGUCGGAAACGAUUGAGAACGACUUCCCUGGGUGGGUCAGUUCCGUGGUCGGGCACCUCAGCAGCCCUGUGGUCAUCCUGCCCGCUGUGCUGCUGCUGUUCAUGCUCAUCUAUUACCUGCAGAGCAUUGCACGCUCACUGAAGCUCAGCAACCAGCAGCUCAGAGUGCAGAUCCAAAAUGCAAGAUCCGAAGAUAAGAAGAAGGCCGCCCAGAUGGUAGAAGCUCGAAUCCAGACCCAGGAGGAAAGCUCCAAGAGGCUUCCAAAGGACAGUGACCUCGCACACGUGGUGACACCCCUCAACAAUGGCACUGUGGUCAGCUUAGACUCCCUGAGCACCGGGAGCAGCAGGAUAGAGGCCAUCAGUCAUCCUGUGCCCCAGAGCCCGGGGCUGGGCCACAGGGGUCCCUGCUCACCUCUUCCUGGUGUCCACAAACCAAGGCCAGAGCAUGAUGCUGACAGGUAUGGACAGGGGCCAUGGGCCAGCACAGGGGACCUUCACCAGAACAGGGCCUUCACACCUGUGACACUGCCACAGCAUAUCGAGGAUGUACGAUCAGAACCUCUUUUCCGAAGAGACUUCCGGCCAGUCUAUCUUCCUCUCCGGAGCCCCAAGGUCUCGGCUUUCGUAGCGCGUGGUCAUAGGCCUCAAACCCCCAGGAACUAUCUCAUGCAUGAGCGUGACUCCCACCAAAAGCCCCAUCUGACUUUCUGGCCAGAAAGACAUUUCAAGAUGGACGCUUCUGGUGACAUGGUGGAGGUGUACCCCAGGAACAUGCGACAGCACAUGUCUUGGGUGCCCCUGAAGCCUGGCUCUCCACAGCUGAGUGAAGAAGAAGAGGAGACGCCGAGGAGAGGUGUAGGCCAACGGCCAUUCGCCCCUCGCUCCCAGGUGGACCUCCAUCAACCCCCUCAUUUUUACAUUGGUGAGAGGUCCAGAAUCAGGACCCGAGAUCCUGAGCUCCGGGGAAGGAGGCGCUGUAAGUCUGGGGGUGACGGUUUUGAGGGUCAAGCCAACAGGCCCAUGUCUGUGCCCAGGAGGCCAUGCUCCGGGCACCUGCAGUACCCACAGCAUCCUCUGCAGCCCCGGGCCUGGCCCAAGUUCGAGCCGUCCUUCACAGAUUCUGACUCCAUGUCGGUGUUGUCCAGCAGUGACCAGCAAAACAGCAGCACUGACCAGUACCUGCAAGUCACCCGCAGCCAGGACAGGCUCCCGAGGGCCAUGGGACAAGCUGGCCGGAAGAAGGCCAAGUCUCGGCGGGCACUGCCCACUGAUCUGGAUGACCUGGUCUGUUCCAAAGUCUAGGCUUCCUCCCAUGACCCAUGCAUAGAGGUCAGGGCACUUCGAAGCACCCGGCCGCACACCACUUCUCAGCCUUUCUGGAGACAGGAGUGUGCCACUGGACAUCAGAGAUUACGUGGUGCAUUCAGUCACACCUGUAGAUUGCUGGCCAAGACCCUGAAUCUCAAACUGAUGUUACAACAAACAUGCACAAGUGUCAUUUCUGAGUGCCUCUUAGGGCCAGCACACAUCAGCUCAGCAUUUCAAGAUAACUUCAGUCCUUUGCUUGCAAUUAUAUAAGCCAGACAGCUCAUCCCGCUGUGGAAGUCCAGAUCUGCUCUUUUCUAAAACAGUAUGAGCAUGCUGUUUUAUGAGGCUGUCCUUCCACAUACAAGGACUCCCUAAUAAGCACCGGAAAUGAGGUGGCUACCCCUAAGGGUUUCACAACACUUAAUGUGAGUAAUGAAAACUAGAGUAAUGAGAAGAGUAAUGAAUCAAUAAGAGCUCCUUUUACUAUUUACUGAGCUGUGUCUAUAUUAAUUAGUCAGAACACUAGGCUUGCACAGAAUCCAAGUUUUAUCCCUAAGUUUAUUGGCUUUUUAACUGGGCAGGAUGGAUCAAGACCCAGGAAUAGGUUCAGAGGAGUCAGGGCACUGAAUUUCUCCGGGAUUAUGUAUCUUUACUCUGCUCUGGUGUCUCAGAUCCUCAAGCUCAUUUCUCCUGUGCCAAUAGCUUCCUCUGUGUGGCUGGUGGAAGAGAAAGUCACAGCUACAGAAAACACUCACUUUGCAGCAUGCAGCCAGGAGGCCCGGAAGACAGGGCUGAGCUCUCAGUUCACUGCUGCCUGUGGUCCUCUGACUGGCCUUAGGCAGGGCAGCAGGUGUCAAAUCUGGCACAGUAAGUGGACUGGGUCCUGAUCCAUCUCUCCAUAUAAGUCUUUUCACUAUGUGUCUUCUUGGCAUUCUGUCUCCUCAACAUACUUUAUCUUUGGAAUAAAAAUGGCAUUAUUUUCAUUUCUGCAUCUCUUGUGGCAGACAUAUAAUAGAUAUUAUAUUUGUUUUGCAUUGCUACUCUCAGUCAAAAUAAUGAUGGAGUCUUGCCAAAGAUUAGGUUUCUUCAAGUGUAGCGGCAUUGUGAUGGGAAUCCAAAUGACACAGGAGACUAUGAGUAUAUGCAAAGUAUAAGGCAAAGGGAAUCUUUGAAGAUUUCGUAAGUGGUCUUAAUCAACUACCCUGGGCUAAGGGCUAGGUAGUAGCAGCCCAAGGUUAGAUGGACAGUGACUGGGCCCUUGCAGAAGUACUGUCAGUGAGGGGCUGUGUUCUUGUGUAUUCUGUGGCUAGUUCCUUAACAGCUAUCUGUGCUUGAGAUUCCUUCCUUUACAACCUCCCAGACUGAUGUAUUUUCUCCUUAGGGCUUGACACAAAUCACUCCAUUUUGAUUCUGACAGUAACAAACUGAGUGGCUUGAACAGCACGCGUAUAUCUCCGUUUCCGCGGUGAGGAGCACAGGUGUGGCUCAGCUGGGUCCUUUUCUCAGCGUCUCACUGGGUUGUAAACAGGGCAUCAGGUGACUGGGAUUGCAUUCAAGGUUUAAGGUCCUCUUCCAAGCUCAUGUGACUGUUGGCUGAAUGCCUUUCCUUGAGGUUUGGGGACAAAGGUUAUCACCUCUUAGAGGCUGCCUGUAUAUCCCCGCCAUGUGUCCCUCUACACAUGGCUGUUUGUACCUUCAGUCAGCUGAAAGUGUCUCCAGCUUUCCAUCUCUUCUUCCAGGGAAGUUCUGGAUGCUCUUUUUAAAAGGGUUUACCUGAGUAGGCAAGGACCACCCUGGAGAAACUCUCCAAUGAUUAACUGCAAGUUAACUGUUUGGAGACCUUGAUGCUGUCUUCAAAAUGAUAUCUCACAAAACCCAGUGUGGGGGUGAAAACUAACCAAAUCCACAAGUGCCAGCACAGCAAGAAGAGAUGUAAAUGGGGGUCAAAUAUCCUGGGGGCCUGACAAAGAUAUUUAACAAAUACAGAAUGGGUGAGUGAAUGAUGAAUGAGCUGUACUAAUGACUGAAUCACAAAUAGCACACUCACCGGAUUAGAGGCCACUUCUAACCAGAAAGAAAAAUUUAAUCUAAUUAUUGCCAUUUUAAAAAUACAGAUGAACACUCCUCCCUGGAUUCAUGAAAAAGAGCACACUAUUUUCAAAGUCUAGCCACGAAAUGUUCUGUGAGGCCAUGGGAUAUGCUUUGGUGACCAUAGUGCUGGUCUGUGUUGUGGCCGAGAGCUCACCGGGAUACUACAACACAUUUGGGAAAGGCUGGCCCCACAUUCAGGUGUUGUAGGAGUACGUGCCUGGGUAGGGGUGUGAGGAACCUCAUGAAGGCUAGAAGAUAAACCAGCCUUGGGACACUCCUAAGAAAAUCUAGUGACCAGGACAUACCCAGGGCUGUAGGCAUGAUGUUGCCAUACGCACUAUACAUCCUGGCACUUAGCAUUGGGCUAUGUCUUCAAUUUAGAAAAAUCUAAAAGACACUAAUUAGUGCAAAAUUGGUGUGACAAGCACCUGUGUUCCUACUAGGAGGGUCAACCGUGGAAACUUUAUUUUAUUCUCAUCUAGACAUUUUGCUAUUAUAAAAAAGAAACCGUCAUAGACACAAUGAAGUCCACAUUUAUCACAUUAAAUCUCAUUCCCCUCACAUUGUCCAGAGGUUGGUGUGAAUCCACCCAGUAGAUCAUUUGUAGUUAUAGAUGUGUUUGUGAAUAUAUAUGCAUAAGCAUCAGUAAACAACAUCUAAAUAUAUUUUACUCAAUUCUGUAAUCCUGCAUGUAUCAUUGUAUUUAUGUUGUUGAUGCCUGUAGAUGAAACUCACUUAUUAUGACUGCUGCAUAGUAUCUCAUCUGUGAAUAAACCAUCUAAUAUUCAUCCAUUUUCUUCAUGGUGGACAUCGAAAUCUUUUCUACCUCUUUGUUACUGAAAAUAAUCAUGCACUGGACAUCUUUAUAUGUUUUCUUGGAAUGGAUGUUAGUCCUCCUAAGAGAGAAAUCUGUAACCUAUAGGAGAUGAGCACAUUCGGGUUUCCUGGCUGCUCUUCUAUUUGUCUUCUUGGUCCAGACCCUCAACCCCUUUUCUCAGCUUCACCAAAACUUGAUCUUGUCACACUAUAUAAUUUUUGCCUAUUUGAUGAAAAAAAAAUACUAGUUAUUUUAAUUAGUUUGCCUUUGAAAAUUGCUGGCACCUUUCCUUAGUUUGCAUUUUCUCUUUGUGAACUGGUGCCUACUCUGCAUCAGCCAUCACCAUCGCCCUAAGCCAGUUCCCACAAAGCUCUUGGGAUAGAACUGCUUGCUAGGCAGUUGUCACCCCCAUCCCCUGAAUGCUACCCCUCACCUAAGUUGCAAGAAGGCACAAACCUACGUUACCAAUGAAACCCAGCACAACUAUGGUUUCACAGUAUUCCUUUGGGUUGAGUAAUGAUCCCUGGCAGGGAGGUUGUGUGUUUUUCUGACCUGUAAUUAAGUUACUAUUGAGGAUAUGAUUCACAGUACCACUAAAAAUCUCUCCUAAUAAAACCUGCAUAACAAACUCCUCUCAAGUCUCAGAGAUCAGAACAACUGUAAAAAUAGUGAAUACCUCUUGAUGAGAAUAGUCUGAUAAAUAUCUGAGUGACCUAGGGAUGAUCUUUUGGUCACUCAUUUUGUUUCAGAUUUCACGAAAGCCAGGAAAUUUAGAGGAAAGCUUUCUGCACAUCUCUGUAAAACCAAAUUCCCUAGCCUAAAGCAGUAUUUUCCAGGCACUCUGAGUGUAUGUAUGUGUUUGAAUUAAGUGUGUGAUUUUCUUUUUUUUUUCAAGUUUGCAAAUUUUGUUUUUUGUACAUUUCAUGGUAAACUAUAUAUGUUUGUAGGAAGUGGGAUAUAAUAAAAAUAUAUGAGUAAAUAUGUAGCCUUUGGAAAGAGUAUUUGCCCACAAAUUCUGCCACUUACUAGCUAUGCGAACUUGGAUGUUCUCUGCAAUUCUUAGAUUGCAAAAUGGGGGAGUAGUUUCUUACUUCAUAUUGCUUCAAGGAUUAAAUGGCACAUGCAUAUGAUAGUGGCUGGCACAUGGUAAGCACUGAGUAACAAUUAGCUAUGCUAAGUGAACACCAAAUAUAUAUAUUUGCAUAUUUACUUAAUAGAUUCAGACAACCUAAUCGACACACUGCCGGGAGUCCCUAUCUGCCUGAACAUUUAUUUGAAAUUCAACUAGGACUUUGGAUCUCCUCCCAGCCCAGGAGGAGGAGGGUAUGAAAGAGACUUACU